UACAAAUACUGCGGACCUUGGAUGUAUUUGUAGGUCUCUACUGAUCUUCGAAUUCUAGAAUUGUAAGGUUAGUUGCCAAGCCUUGUCUCUGACAUUACAGCCACUUUAUGGCAAGGCGAAGUCAGCGUCUUCGUCAAAAGUCAAGUGAGAUAUGUGCCUCACGCAACUCGCCUAACAUUGUGGUGUCGCCGUAUUUCUUGGAAAGCCGUUCAAAAGAAAGUGGAAAUUGGGAAAGUCAUCAACCUCUGUGUAAGUUUGCGCAAGGCAGUUUGAAUAGCCCCCAUCUGAUUACUGCAAAGAAACUGGGAGCUGGGGUUGCCAAAGUAUGCUCUUCUGGGGAAAACUGCCGGUCUCUUUUGCAAGACAGAAUAUGUCCUAAUUAUACUGUAGGAAGACCUUUAGGCCUACUGAGUGGAUCCCGUGAUGUAUCUCCGGAUGCGAACGUGUCGGAUACGGCAAGCAACUCGAAUGAGGUUACCUCCGAAACCGCUUUCGUCGCUAAGGCGGUAAAUGUUUCACACCAUCGAAGGGUACACUCUUCGCUCGUGAAAUCGGAAUCCCGUACGUACUCUAAACGGCUGCGACGACGACCACCUGAAUUGAGGGAGCUCGAAAGUUCAAAGCCUCUGAAGCGAUUUUCACGCAGCACUUUGGCGCCUUCAGAGAACAACAUAUCUACAUCUUGCGAAACAUCAAGUGUUCAUCAUUCCGACAAGUCUGAUGAUUGGAAACCCAUCAGUUCAUCAUCAGGCGAAACAGCCGGGAGUUCGGAUGACUUUGAGCCUGUGAAAACUUUUAGGACUCACCCAUCUACAAGUCAGAAAAAGCCCCGGAGGACUGUAGCCAAAAGAAACGUCUCGCGUAAUGUCCGCUCAAAAGUCUCCAACGAACUUAAGUUCGAUGGGGAAUCGGACAAUGCUGACGACUGGGAAGAUGUUGAAGAUGGUGAACACUGUGAUGUCAAAGAGGUGGAUUUUAUGCAGUGUUUGCUAAACGCGGAGAUGCGGAAGGAAAACGUAGAGGAUUCUCAUCUGAGCAGCAAAGUUCUCACAGUUUCUGUUCCAAACAAAUCACUUUCUGACAGGAAAGUAAAUAAUGAUCCUCAGUUACAAGAACGGCGGGAAGCAUUGCGCCGUCUCAGAGAAACCUUCAGGACCGUGCACCAUGUUCAUAUUUUGUGUUUUCUUGCUCACGUUCGCUUCCUAAACAGUUUAUGUGACAACCCACUCUACAGGUCUCUUGGCUUGUCUCUUCUCUCUACUACACAACCAGUGCUACAUAGUAAUUCGGAGUUUAUCGAUAUCGCCUCGUGGGAUCUAGAACAUUUGCGAGCGUGUGUGUCAUCUAUACUCUCCCUCAAAGGUUCUGCUACCGAUGCAACUGGUCUCACGUUACUUCACCGUGUCGCCAACUAUCAUGUCUCUGCUACUGAUUGCGUUAUUCUUCUCGUGAGUGCCUUAAGAGCGUUAGGCUUCGAUGUGCGCUUAAUUGUUGGUUUGACACCGUUACCCAUGAACCCUACUGCGACUGCCGCAAACACUUUACGAACAUCAGUCUGUAACAACCACACCAAGAAAGGCAACCGAAAAAUCGUCUCUAGCUCUUCGGAUGAGGGUGGCCAUUCCCUGUAUUCACUUGACUCGUCCACUCCCACUAUACAUACGUUUUUUGAGGUGUACUUACUUAGUAGGCAGCGUUGGGUGCCUGUCCAACUCUCCUCUUUUGAGAAUUCGGUGGAUCUGAUAGCAGACAUCCCACCGAAACUAUAUGUUAUUGGAGCAACUGCUAUUCGUUUAUGUGACGUUGCCAAUCUCCCAUAUGUUGGUCGUAAUCCAGUUGACUUGACUGCCCGUUAUGAUCCUGAAUGGUGCGUCAAAUCCCGCGCGCACCGUCUUCCAGAAACUAAAUGGAACCAGAUUUUACAAUACCAACGGCAUCUAUUCGACCUGCUUGCUGCAAGGAGUGGAACUCUAGUGGCCAAAACUGAGAAUCUUGCCACACGUCGUCGAGACAGCGUCGACGAAGAUAGUAUCCGAUCAGGAUUACUGCGCAAGCCACUACCCAAUCGUGUUCAAGACUUUAAAAACCAUCCGCUGUAUGUUUUGCCUCGGCAUCUGCUCAAAUUCGAGGUUAUUUACCCAUCGGAUGCAACUCCCGUUGGAUUCUUUCGUAACGAACCUGUCUAUAAUCGGGAAUAUGUACAUGUGUGUUCUACCCGGGAGACGUGGUUAAAAGAGGCGAAAACUGUUCGACUACACGAAAAGCCAGUUAAAGUGGUGAAGGCUCGCAUGUCUUUGAAACGCAAACUUCUCCAAGGUACAGACAAUACGCCAGCUACUGUUGAACUGUUCGGCCCUUGGCAAUUGGAGGACUACAAGCCACCUGUUGCUCAGAACGGUGUUGUGCCUCGGAACGAACAUGGGACCGUGGAUAUGUUCAAACCGUGCAUGCUUCCCAUCGGAUGCGCCCACAUUUGCUUAACUGGUAUUCAGCAUGUCGCCAAAAAGCUGGGCAUAGAUUGUGCUCCAGCGAUCGUUGGAUGGAACUUCAAGGGUUCUGGCUGGGCCAUUCCGAUCAUCAACGGAUACAUUGUGUGCAAAGAAAAUGCUCGAACUUUGAUCGAUGCAUGGCGAACAGUUCGCAUGGAUGCCGCCAAGGCGGCUGCCGAAGAACGUUCAUCCAGGGCAGUUGACAACUGGUGCCGAUUGGUUCGAGGUCUCUUCUUGUGGAACAAAGUGAAAGCACAGUUUGCCCUAGCAGCUUUGCAUGAUGCUGCCCCAUCCAAAAGAUCCAAACCUCCCACUCUUGAGGAGAACGCACUUGGACUGACCAGCAUGAGGCGACAGAAGCCCGGGACCAUUGCUACCUCCGGGACUACUUCUGGGCGCAUGACAGCUUCCGCUUCCGCUAAACUCGAUGAAUCGGGAUCUGAGUCGGACUCGGGCAACUGGCAACAUUUAUCUACUUCGGUCUGCACUCCCCAACCUGUAGCCCUCCUUCGCUCUCUUUCAGCUGCCACACCCAAACGUGGGCGUCGUGUCUCACGAUCACAGCGGUCGCAACCACGGAAGCGUCCCGUUCCCAGGAACGAGGCAAAAAGCAAUUCAUCGACUAGCGAGGAUGUUGAAGUGAAGUCGGGUUCGGGACUCCCCGAUUCGGAAGAUAGCGGCCUCUUUUUUUCCCCUUCCACCGAUCCCGCACUUAAUGAGAUCGAGCCCAAAUAAACCUGCUCUACAGAUCAGGCCUCCGUUGGACGGUUUUUUUCUCAUGGAGGUCAUCCUGCUGCAUUCGAACUGAAUUGUAUUCUCCUCCGCAUUUUCGCCACAACUUCUUGUUUAUCUCCCUCUCGUAUUUUUUACUACUCAGAUUCCACUUCUCAGUUUUAACCUUAGUGCAUUUAUUAUCUUUAUUGCUUUUCAUACUGACUUUAAAUAUACUGCGCCUGCUUUCAGUGCAUUGCGUUUUGUUUUUUUAAAAUGAAGGAAUUGUGUUCUACUUUUCUGCCUGUUUGUUGGUGGCUACAGGUUCGUUUGCACCCAAUGCGUC